AUGUUUCAGCUUAAGCUCCCCGAUAGAGCCAUUUUACAUGAAGGAUGGACUGGCAAUCUGUCAGAGGGAAACGACAUUGCGCUUCUGAAAUUGAAGAGCAAGUCCAAGCAUAUUCCAGUCAGUCUUCCUACGACAUUUCACAAGCUACCGCUUGGUGGCAGUCUUGUAGCUCUUGGGUGGGGUGUUGGAUCUGGUGAGCAUCUUCAACAAGCAGCCACAUUGAAAGUCAUCGAGAAUGAAGUCUGCAGUGGUGAGGAUGUUUGGGGAGACAUCAUAGUCGACUCCAUGAUCUGCGCAUUCAGCCCCGAAGGGCAAGAUGUUUGUUCAGGAGACAGCGGAAGUCCGCUCCUGGAGGCAUUCUCGCCCAUGGGAAACAUUUCCGCAGGGAGCCCGGCCCUGGACGUCGCCAUCGGCAUCACGUCAUUUGGGCAAGAGUCUCGCAAUUGCGGCGACGCAGAGCGGCCCAGUGUGUUCACAAGGCUGAGCAGUUUUCGUCUCUGGAUAGAUUCCAAGAUCAAGGGGAAGGAGUUGCCACCUCCCACCGCACCCACGCAGGCAGAGACGCCUGCAUCUCCUUCCUCAGAAAUGGCGCCAUCGACGGUACCUGAAGAGCAGGGAAACAGGUCAGUAGAGCCGCCACAGGAAUCACCCGAUCAAGGUCCAGGAGAGCCACCAGAAGAUGCCAUACCCGAUAAACCGACAGUUGCGCCCCCAGAGGGAAUCGGACGCAUCUGCGAUGGGGAAGGAAAUUUCAGAGAAGAGGUCAUCUCCGGCUCCUACACAGCAAUGGGCACCAAUCCCGAAGGCUCGGACCCAACAAGCUACAGCGGGAUUGUGACCUUGGGCCUCGCUGAGGAUGGCAUUUUCCGGCAGGCUUGGCUGAUUGGCAAGUCUGACUACAGAGGCACGGGGGUGCUUGUCGGCGACGUUCUCGCGGUGGACUGGGGUGCCAAAUUUCCAGUGAAUUAUCAGGUGCAGUGCAACGGCACGCUGGUGGGGACGUGGGCCAAUGGACUGGCGAGUGAGACCUUGACCCCAUCGGGCUGCGAAGGGGAGGCGAUUCAACCGGGCGACCUGGCUGGUUCGUACACAGUCAGGGGGACGAACCCAUCUUCCAUAGGGACUCUGGACGAUCCAUACGAAGGUGUUGCAACGGUAAUGGAAGAAACUCCCAAUUUCUAUCGAAUUAGCUGGCGGGUCGGUGCAGGCGCGACUGCGACCAUGAGCUCAGGCACAUUUGCGCUUGAGGGAAAAACUGUCAGUGUGGACUGGGGCGACAUUGAAAGGUACCCAACUGUCUACGACCGGCAUUGCGGGAGGGGCAUCUUGCUCGGAAUCUGGGCGGAUGGCAAAGGCACAGAGACUCUGCUGCCUAUUGAGUGCGGCCGAGAGGUUGGAAGGGACCUGUCUGGCAGCUAUGACGUCUUUGUGGUUGGAACUGAUGGGAUUGUGCAGGCAGGCACAGAGGUACUUGAAGCGGGGGUCGGGGACGAGUACACUUUGGUUCGCACAAUCGACACAAGAAAUGUAACAGGCCAAGGUAGCCUGGAGGGCAGCACCAUGGUGGUAGGGUGGAGCGAGGGACCGGCAGCCACCUUUGCUGUGGACUGGUGUGGAGGUUUUCUGCUUGGGGUUUGGGAUGAUGGGGAAGGCUUCAAUGUGACAAAGGAGCACUUAGUGCGACGAGCAUAA